AUGUCCCUCUUUCUUCUUGUUUUCUUUUUCUUGUUGUCUAUAUCCCCGACCGUUUCUUGUUCAUGUUUCCUUACGGUUGUAUUUUCUGAAAAAUUUCUUCCCUUCGUAAAUUAUUUUUAUUCCCUUGUACGCGGGAUAUUUCUUUUCCUUUCUUUUUCUUUCUUUCUUUCUUUCUUUCUUUCUAUAUUACUUUUUUGUUGUUACUGUUUGCCCUUAUUUCGUUCCUUCUUUCUUUCUUUCUUUCUUUCUUUCUUUCUUUCUUUCUUUCUUUCUUUGCAUCCUUCUUCUCUUGAUUAUUAUUUGUCUUUCUUUUUUCUUUCUUUCUUUCUUUUUCUCACAUUCAUUAUUAUUUUUUCUUUCUUGCUUUUUUGUUCCUUCUUUCUUUCUUUCUUUCUUUCUUUCUUUCUUUGCAUCCCUCUUCUCUUGAAUAUUUUUCUCGUUCUUUCUUUCUUUCUUUCUUUCUUUCUUUCUUUCUUUCUUUGCAUCCCUCUUCUCUUGAUUAUUAUUUGUCUUUCUUUUUUCAUUCUUUUUUCUUUCUUUCUUUUUCUCACAUUCAUUAAUAUUUUUCUUUCUUGCUUUUUUGUUCCUUCUUUCUUUCUUUCUUUCUUUCUUUCUUUCUUUCUUUCUUUCUUUCUUUCUUUGCUUCCCUCUUGA